UUCGCCGCGUAGCUCAAACAAUGGAGUCUCGGACGCACUGUCAACGCAUGACACUUUAUGAUUUAGAUUAGAAGUGUCAACGUAUCGUCCAUCGUCGAAUACGUGGACACUUUCUUUCGCAAUAUUCUUCGAUAAGGGGAUAUCGAGACCACGAGUAGACUAGUAAAAUGUACGUUCUCGUGUAGCGACAGCAACGUUCAGCCAGAGAUUACGUGGAUCUCAUAAUGAUGAGGUGACACCUGGUUCUGCCAUGCGGAACAGGUCAGUCAGUGUUAUCUUUGGCUCUCUGGUCCUGUGGGGUUUGAUUACAUACUUUCUGAUUUCUGAUCAGCCGGCGAACAAGGAACAGGAUCCGGCUAGGGUGUCUAAUCAGAUUGGUAAAUUGGAAAGGAGAGUGAAACAAGAGAUAGCGUUGAACCAGGAGCUUCUUCAGGACAUCAAAGAAGACAAGCAACGCAAAAAGAAAUUAGAUAAAGAAAAUGCCAACGAAAAGCAGAAAGAUACGAAUAACCAGGAUAAGAUUCUUCCAGAGGAGAAGAAUAUAGAAACCAACAGUAAAAAUGUCCAGCCUUCGCAACCAGAAUUAACACAUACCAGCGAAGGCCCCCGCAAUGUUCCUAGAAAAGAAAAACUACCAGACGGAUCUCCCAUAAUACCAGUUUUGGUGUUCUCCUGCAAUCGAAUCACCGUGCAAAGAUGCCUGGAUCAGCUGAUAAACUACAGGCCCAGUAAAGACCAGUUCCCUAUCAUUGUAUCGGAGGAUUGCCAGCACCGCCAGACUGCUGAAGUGAUCGCCAGAUAUGGAGACCAAAUAAUGCACAUACAGCAACCUGAUCAAUCCGAUGUGGAAGUGCCACCUAAGGAAAAGAAGUUCAAAGGCUACUUCAAAAUUGCUCGUCACUACGGUUGGGCUCUUAAUCACGUCUUUUUUCAACUUGGAUACGAAACUGUGAUAAUAGUCGAAGAUGAUUUGGAUAUAGCGCCAGACUUCUUCGAAUACUUUCUGGGCACCUAUCCUCUGCUUGUGUCCGAUAACUCUCUGUGGUGUGUGUCAGCGUGGAAUGACAAUGGCAAAGCAGGAUUGGUAGAUCCAAGCGCAGUGGAUGUGUUGUACAGGACAGACUUCUUCCCUGGAUUGGGGUGGAUGCUGACUCGACAAUUGUGGGCAGAACUGUCGCCUAAAUGGCCCAAAUCAUACUGGGAUGAUUGGAUAAGGCAACCAGAACAGCGUCGAAACAGAGCGUGUAUUCGACCAGAAAUAUCCAGGACGAGGACGUUUGGCAAGACUGGCGUGAGCAACGGAAUGUUCUACGAAAGGCACUUGAAGUAUAUUAAACUGAAUACUCAGUACGUGCAUUUCACCAAGAUGAACUUGACGUAUUUGUUAAAAGACAAUUAUGACAUAAGCUUCGUCAAUAACGUGUACCAGUCGACAGUGGUCAGUUUCUCGGAGUUGAAGAACGAGAAGGUCGUGGCGCCAGGCGCGGUGAGGAUACCUUAUUACACUCGCCAAGCCUACAAGAACACUGCUAAGCAGUUUGGGUUAAUGGAUGACUUCAGGAGUGGCGUACCCAGAACUGGCUACCGUGGUGUAGUUACAUUUUUCUACAAAGGAAGAAGAGUCCAUCUGGCACCUAGCGCGAAUUGGAACGGUUACGACAUCACUUGGAGCUAACAGAAGAUUUUACGCUACCAGAAGUUUGUUAGGUCGUACCAGUUAAUUGCUUCCAUGACAUUCAUCAAAACUGAGUGAAUAUUUUUAACUAAGCGCCCAACGAACGUUUACCGAUUACAAGUAUUCCACGGAUUUCACACUUCCUCGGUGAAUCGACGAGUCGAUGAAAACACUAACGGCUGCUUGUAAUUUUCCUUGUAGAAAAUACGUGAGCGAAACCUUGUAACAUUGUAUCGUUAUGUGAUGCGAGAAUUUGCAUAGUGCCUCAAAAACCAUAACCGCUGUUUGUACAUGCAGCAGUGUUACGCAGGUACGCGGUGUUCCUGAAGCCGCUGCGUUAAACUGGAAAAUAUAGUUGAGAGAAGAGACAAAGUGACACGCGAGCCCGGAGGUGGGAAUAAUUAAACUAGAAAAUACGAAUCACGACGACAGUGUUCGAGAGACACCGUAUUUGCGUAGCACUGUAUGUCGAGAUGCAAAAGGACUGACAAAAGAAAUUUAGAUUACCCGUGCAGUUGAAUUUAAUCGACGCCACCAUGCUAUUCGCCAGUUUCUUCCAUUUUAUGUAAUUUUAGACGAUAAGCUUUAAAUCAAUGCAAGAAAUUGUAUCUCUUCCAAGGAUAUCAAGCAAAGACUGUUCUCGAUUAAUUCUUUUAAGGUAACAUAUAUAUAUAUGUGACUCGAAAGAAUGACGAUCAAAGUGGUGCUUUAAUCGAUUGCACGUGUAAUCUCUACGUUCUGUGACUAAUGUAUAUAAUGUUUAUAUUGUAUCACACGUGCAUAGUUCGAUAAUAGGCAUAAUUUUGGGAUUAAUUUCGCGGUGGUUUCUGUUGCAAGGAAACAUCGUCUAUUAUUGGAAAAUGUUCGUUUCGAUGAAAACUUUUUUUUAUAUACUUUAAGGGGAAAAAUCAAAUGAUAGAAACAGAACCAUUAGAUUGAUUUGCGAUUUUGUAGCUCUUAGAUUACGAAAGAUAUCGAAGAAGGUUUUGAAUCAAAGUUAUAUAUAUAUUAUUAUAUAUAUUAUUUUUCAGCAAGUGUAAAAAUGGAAAUGAUAAUUUAAUCUAAUUGUUAAUUUACAAAUCUCUACGCUGUACAACUUUGUUCGAUACAGUUAUAGAGGUUAUACAGGUUGUUACAUCUUAAAUUCGUAACUAAAAUAUCUCUGUUGCUUUUAAUGAUAUAAAGAUAUGUCUCAGGAGAAAAAUGUUUGGCUAGGAGAGGUUUACACUAUGAUAACCAAAAGAAAAUUAACUCAAGGUCACAUUUUCUGAAAUUUCUAGGUUAUCAAUAUUCUUUAAAUGAAACAAGGUAUUUUCAAUAUUGUAAUCUUGUAACUGAUUAAAAGACGAAUCCAAAAAUGUAUAAUAUGUUUGGUUUUGUCUUUUGAUCAGUUAAAAGACUAUAAUAUUGACCUUGAAACCUCUGAAAAUAUGACCUUGAGAUAAUUGUUCCUUCUAUCAUAGUAUGACUCCUUCAGAACCAAACAUUUCUCUUAUAAGACAUAUUUUCCUAUCAUUAAAAGCAACGGAGAUAUUCUAGCUACAAAUCUCAGUUGGCUCACCCUGUACAGAUAUAAAUAAAAAAACGAUCUUUUAUUCGUCGAAAUUGUUGUUCGAUAGUUUGCGAUGUUUUCUUGUUACCAUAGAAUUCAGAAAUGAAUAAACGCGAAAGGAAAGUAGAGUUUAGCCCUGGAAAAUAACAUUUCUGAUCGACUCUGCAUUUCGUGUGCUUUGCUCACAAUGAAGAACCGAUGAUAAUUACCAGGAUCGGUGAUCCUUCGUCUCGAAACGUAUCGCAAAGACAAAAACAAAUUGCUAAUCAAUGUUGUCUUCUGAUGUCUUCGCUGUGCAACGGCGAAGAAACGUUCUGUCAAUAAUAAAAGAGCACGCAGCAGUGCUGCUAUUAACAACGCUGAUCAUUUCCAUCUAGUCUAAAUCAAGUAAUAAACAUCAGAGAAUGAAGUGUUUCAAACAUAUGUUCCACAACAAUUUUUUGUUCACGUGGAAAGACAUUGAACAAAAAAAUUAUGUUCGCCAAACUCUGAAAUUAACUCUCAUUCCUGGAUGACCAUCCAAUCGACUGUUAACAGAAACUCCUUUUCUCGUAAAUAUACAGUUUUUCGUCUCUGAAA